AUGGGUGUAACAAGGAUUGUGGAGGUUGUUCGCGAUUGCCCGUGGGUCAAACCCUUAUUCCUACGAGUGGCAUUGUCCAUCAUCAUACUGCUUUACAUAAUAACGGGAGCUGCGAUAUUCGUCGUCAUAAUGGCUCCACCGGAGAGAGAAGUUCCCGAUCAAGACAAAAUGGCACGCAUCAGGAAUGACACCUCGAAGCUCCUCGUGACCGAAUUGCAGCUCGAGGACGUUGAGAGGGCUUCCCAGAUCGUCUAUAAGUUCCUGUUAACAUACGAGCGUGAAAUAGAUCGGACGCGGGUCAUGAGUCCGGUCGACGAGCUGUUCCAAAAUUCUCAUAGCGCGGAGGCGCUGCAUCGACAAUACCGGGGAGACAACUUCGAGAACUCGCUCUACUUUACCCUCUCGCUUAUAACAGCUACAGCCUCUGGGAAUUUGCUUCGCUUGCCCGACGCAACUCAGUUCGUGGUAAUCCUGUACACGGCCAUUGGAAUUCCUCUGCUGUUGGUCUGGAUUUGCCUCAUGGGCCGGUCGAUGGCACAGUUCUGGAUAAUGCUGUGUCUUCACUCGUGUUGCUGCGGCAUGUCGUUAGUCGAACGGGCGGAUGUAUCGAUUUUCCGGAGGCUCUUCAACAGAAUCAGCCGGAAACGCUGCGUAACUCCGGAGAUGAUGGCUUGUGGCAAAAGAAAAGUGUCGACACCGUCAUCGUCGCCGAUUUCGAUCAUAGACGAUCUUGUCGAUUCGGAGCGCAACGUUCUGGUCCAGCCCGAAAAUUUCGACGAGUAUUUCAGACUAGUCCGUGGGGAUCUGUUCAUGCCGGUGUGGACUCUCAGCCUCUUCUUCCUUCUCUACUCCAUCUUCGGAGCUACAUUCGGAGCUGUCACUCAUGACGUAUCUUUCAUGACAGCGUUCUUCUAUGGUUAUCUGAUCUUCACGACGAUCGGAGGAAUCACUCCCAAUCUCGGUCUGACAACCUCUCCGAUGAGCCAUCUUACUCGCUUCGGUGGGGAUGACGUUUUCACCUUUAUCAUCGUUCAGCAGGAUCGUGCCGCUAAGGUCAUUUGGAUGCUCUACUUCCUUAUCGGAUACAUGAUUCUUUCCGGUAUCGUCUACAUGGUCUACCUUUACCUCACCUGGCGCUGCACGUUCUGUCGCAAAUCGGCUGAGCAAUCGUCCGGAGCAUCCUCUCUGGAUAUGAGGAGAAAUUCAGACAAAUCCUUGACACCUGUAGAGGUAAUCCCGAGCCGAAGAGCCUCAACCCCUGGACAUGUGCUGAUGGGUAAAAAAAUGGUAGAGUCCCGCCGAAGUUCAGCAAUCACUCUCCAACAGACGACUAUCGAGAUGACUACGCCAGAAAUCGAGGAGGAACUGAGGACUUUAGCCGAAGAAGACGAAGAAACAAAAUCCAACUCCUCGGAUUCUGGUAUCUCCAAAACCGGGUCUGAGAGAAUGGUCGAGGAGGACCGUCAGACAGUUCGCUCGGUACGAAGUGGUAAAGGAAGCAGCGGAAAAAGCUCCACGAAGAGCGGCGGCGCCAUCAGCGUGCGUUCGAAGCUUAGCGCCGGGAGACAGCACGACAGUAUCGAGGAAGAUAUCAGAGAUGAGGAAGAGCCUGAAGGAAUGAUGGAAAUCGACGACGACAAAGAUCCAGACGAUCAGAAAAAUGGAGACAGUGUAAAGGAAGGCGGGCAUGAGGAUAAUGAGGGGAGUGAUGCGCCUGCGGAGGCACGACAUCAGACCGACGAGGUUCCCGGAAAAGAUCAGGAUUCGUGA